GUAAUUCUAGACCCAUUAUUGUUUUAACGGUCGCCAAGAAAUUACAUUUUCAAAUCUCAAUCAUGAAAUUGUUCACAACCGCUUCCAUUGCAUUAGUUCUAUUGGCCUGUUUGGUCUACAGCACCUCUGCUGGACCUGUGGUCACCUCAAAUGAAGGACAACACAACGAUGUAGUCGUUGCGGAAGAUGGUUCCAACACCGAAGCUGAUGCAUAUGGCCGCGUAAAAGUAAUCACCUGUGAUGUAUUGGCAUGGCUUGGAAUUGGCAAAGUGUCAUGUCAGGCGCAUUGUCUGUUGCUGAAGAAACGUGGCGGCUAUUGUAGCAGACAAAAAGUUUGUGUGUGUCUUAACUGAAAUCAUUUUCAGUUUUCAGAAAUAAAUAAAAAAUACUCUGAUUAUAAAA